AUGAUUGAAUUAACUGGUGACAAAUACAUUGCGAUAUAUUGUUCGAUAAUAGCUGAUUGUUUAAUAAUUCUAGCUCUAUGUAUAUCAACUUUAGUUAUAAAAAUAUUUAAAAGACGAACUAUAUUGUUUAAAUUUGGCGCCGUGUCUAUAACUUUGAUGUACUCUGUUUGUUUAUCUGAAGCAUUAAAAGAAUCUUUAUUAGUUAAUUGGGUUACACCUUUUUUAAUAUUAUUACAUAGUUUUGUUAGUACUGUUGGUUUGAUACCAGUCGCUUUUACAAUAUCUAUGGAGAUAUUUCCUUUGGACCACAGAGCUAUAGGUUCGCUCACAACUGGUAUUACGUUCACUUUGUUUUACGCAAUCACAAUGAAAAUUGUACCUUUACUGAUGGUAAAAAUAGGUAUAGGUGGUACUUAUUUUAUAUUUAGUAUAUGUGUUACUUUCUGUUUAAUUGUAUUAUUUUAUAUUCUACCAGAAACUAAGGAUAAGAGUUUGCAAGAUAUAGAAGAUGGAAUAAAAGGAGUCACAAGAUCUGAAGUUGAGAUUGAGUUGAUGCUUUCUAAUGUAACGACAAAGAAUUGA